AGUCGGCAAAGUCCAUUGGCGAAACAGACAGGCAUUGUAAACAGUGAUGGGCGUCCCAUGGCCAAAAUAUAGAAAACAAAAACCUUUUUUUUUUUUAAAGAUAUUUGUCCCGUUUUCCUGUCAUCGAGCCUGAAAUUUUCUCAUCCAGCACUGGAAGAAUAUUCUUUUCAUUCUGAAGAUCUGAGGAGCAGGAAUAUCACAGGUAUAGACGACAUUGGCCUAAUAUUAUAUCCAACUUCGAUGAAUUAACUUUACUGCCACAUUGUUGUGAUACAACUCCUCAUACUUGAUACUGUUUGGUGUUGUACUUUGUCUUGUACAUGAUUAUUUAUAUUAUGUUGCCGCUAAAUUGGACAGAAUUCGGAAGUAUCGCAAGUCGUAUUACAUGCACCUCCCCCCCCCCCCUCCGACCCCCUAUAUCUACACAGUCAGGUUAGAAGCCUGUGUUAGUGGCCUGAGGGAAGCCCUUCCGGGUCAUGAUGUGGUGUGUACCCAUGCAGAUCCAUCUCAACUGCAAUCACCAAGUGCUUUAGUUUUAUUGAAAAUACGGAGGAUCAUGUCAGAAUCUGAUGGGAAGCCCUUCCGGGUCAUGAUGUGGUGUGUACCCAGAUCCAUCUCGACUGCCAUCACCAAGUGCUUUAGUUUUAUUGAAAAUACGGAGAUCUGGUUUGAGCCUUACUGUUCUAUCUUCAUGUCUGCACAAGGGGUUCAGGCAGCUGGUCUUGACUUUCCAAAAACUAAGGCUGACAUUAAAUCAUUUCAGAGAACGAUUCAGGCACUAGACGAGGACCAUCAACUUCGCAAAACCUACGACGCAAAACAAUUGGAUACAACAUUUCUUCUGCAUAGUACACUUCAAGAGGCUCUGAACUCCGUACCCGCCGACAAGAACAUUUUCGUGAAGGACAUCGCUCAUGGUGCAACGGGUCAUUAUUGUGAUCUUCCGGGAAAACAGGCCGGGUUCCGGCAUACUUUCCUCAUACGAAACCCUGAGCGAGUGUUUCCUUCAUGGCGAAGCCUCCUCUACAAGAUCGAGAAGAAGUUCCCACGACCCAGGCAGAAAGUUCUCCAAGAGGACACCUUUAAUUUCAUCGAAGAUGCAGCUUACGUAGCACCAGGUUUCUCAUACAAAUGCCAAUAUGAUCUCUGGCGCUAUGUCAGGGAGAAUUACGAUGACGAACCCGUGGUCAUGGACGUCGAUGAGAUGUUAGCUAACCCUGGGAAGUUGCUUCCAAAGUAUUUCAAGGCUGUAGGUAUGCCAUGGGAUGACAGAUACCUACGUUGGGAUCCGUCGCCAGAGGGCGCCUUACAAUGGCGGUGGAUGUUCAAGAUCGACCUUGAGCAGGACUGGAUAGCUAUGGUUCACAAGGGGUCACUUAUGUCUAGUGAGUUCAGACCGUCUAAACCGACGAUUCCUCGCUCUCAGAUGACCCCAGAUGUCAUCAAAGCAGUGGAUGAAACUAUAGGAUAUUAUAAUGAAAUGGCAAAAAAUAGAAUUACUGUUUAGAUGUACGGGGUGAACAUCUAUACUGCCAUCUCAUUGCCAGUGUCCCAUCACCCCCUUUCCCCUGCCCCCCCCCCCCCAAAAAAAUAGUAAUAACAAAUAUACAAAAAUACAUUAAUGAGUAUUUGGAAUAAUUUAUUCUAAGAACUUCAGAAUUAAGUGCAUUUCAUAUUCAUAUAUUUUUGUUUUCAUUCUCAGACAAUGCUAUAAACAUAAUACAAUGUACAAGGGGCUAUUUCGUUUUUCAUAUAAAAAUUAUAGUGACGUUCACACACACGGCAAAAGUAAAAAAAAAUCAUUAUCGAAUUUGAAUCACGAUGCAAAUAUCAUAUUGACUAUUUUGUCUGUCUGCAUGUUCUAAUUUAAAAAUGAACGAAUAUUAAGAAAAAUAUAGCCCUUUAACCCAUUUAACUAUCUGAAACAGCACAACUCGGAAGAAUGUGUAUUGAACAUGUGGAAGAGACAAUAUUGUCAGACAAUAUUAUAGCAAGUAAACGUUCACAAUUAUUUCUGCUUAUUUGAUGCAUGUAUAUGUUAAGAAAACCCAGAUCAGAUGUUUGUUUUUAUCUCCUUAUGUGUCUGGAAAUUGGACCCCCACCCUAUUUGUAAAGUAAUUUGUUUGUAUACCAAUGUGCAAGUAUAAGCGCUUUUUAUGAUUUUUUAUGUUUUUUUUGUUAUUUGUAUGUUAAACAAAAUGGAUACACAAUUAAAAUAGAUCCAAUAAAUUCAA